AAAAGAAAUAGACUUAAACGUCUCAAACUUUUAUUUUGAAAUAAAUUGUAACCGGAAGUUUAAGAAACAUUUCCCUCGGUGUUUAUAAUAGCCACAUGGAUCUGGAAAAGUAGUGGAAGGCGUAAGGAGGUUUUUUGAAUGGAUCACUUCGAUAAGGAUUUAGUCGAUGCGCUUAAAGACAUUGUCAAAGCUGGAAACUGGCAGUGUGUGGGAGAUAAAUCUAAAUUUAAGUCACCAUGCACAAAGUUUUACUGUGAUGAUGGAGAGCAUAUAGUCCUGGUGCAUACAAAGGAUGAUAAAUUCUGGGCUAUGGAUUCAUCUUGCCCACAUGAAGGGGGCCCACUUGAGCAAGGUGAUAUUGAGGAUUUGGGCGACGGGAAACUGGCACUGAUUUGCCCGUGGCACUACUUUGAUUUCAGCCUUGAAACUGGUUCCUCUUCCACUGGACUGCAGAACCAAGUGUAUGAUGUCCAUGUACUGGAUGGAAAAGUGUAUAUAAAUACUCAGAGCACACUGUCCCUCUGUCCCAUCCCGACGACAAAAAUAACCCACCAAGAUAGUUUGCCUGUGGAAAUAACUUCCUCAGAAAACACACUCUGCAUUUGGGCCACCAGAAUCCUUCACACCCCAGACCCACAGGAAAGGUUUCAUUGA